AUGUCGCAAGGAAACGGACGAGGCGGUGGCAAGAAAAAGUCAAAAAACAAAUCCAAGGUCUCUAUCUCAACCCCUCCACCAGCACUUACUUCUCCACAGGACCAGCAAACAGCUAUCGAAGACUUGGUCACCAGCCCCACUGCUAUCACAGGAGGAGCAAGUACGGUCGUGGUCAACAUGGAACCCCCCACACCCUUGACCGAAACCGCGUUUUAUGAACACCACCCACAACCUCAACGGCCCACAACUAUCAACGUCGCCGACUUGCUGGGAUCCCCAAGUCCAAGCACCUACGCCUCGUCCCCAAAACCUAUUUACUACGAAGAACACCGCCGCCCCUCUCUCACCCACACCCACUCUCACCAGCACGAGCACCCUGAACCCUCGAUCGGCGAACGAUUCGGCCGUCGUCACGGACAAGACUGGCCCACCCCUCCACGUAACGACCGUUGCGCUUCCUGUCCCGGGGCGAGGUCUGAGUCGCGGUCUGAGAGUCGAGGAGGGAUGAGGAGGACGUCGGGGGUGUUGUAUAAGGUGAUUCCUUCAAGGCCUGUGAUGGGACCUGAAGUCUUUCAGGCUGCGCGGAGGAGUGAGAAGGAGAUUGGAGGGAUGAAGGGUGGGCUUAUUCAGGAGUAUUAUCGGAAUCAAAACGAGAUUCUGGACUCAUUUGCAGAGGUAGAGGAGGUGUUGAGGGAGCACAGGGAGGAAGAGGACGCGAUAGCCGGGAGGUUUCCUCAACUCCCCAAUGUCCGUUCCGGCAGCAAUCUACUCGACAUGACAACAGGAGCAUCAAUAGGAAAUAGUGGCGGUUAUGGAUCGACAUGUGGGUCUGCAACGCCUGACAAUGGUGGUCUGUCGGCAUCGACUAGUCAGAACUGUCUUGCCAAGGAUGCGGUGAUCAUCGCGGUGCCUACUACGAGUGUGGGCAAGGACGAUGAUGAGGUAGAGGGUGGUCGGGAUGAGGAGAGCGCGCCGUUGAUUGAUGUGCAAAUGGCGAUCAAUGUGAGUUUCAUUGCGAACAUCUUCCUGGUCAUCAUUAAGAUCUGGACUGUACUGUUGUCAGAUUCAUUGGCGGUUCUGGCGUCGAUGAUCGACUCGCUCAUGGACCUGCUGAGCGGCGCCAUCAUUUGGUACUCUGCCCGACUCCGUAGUAACACCACCGACGGACACCGAUACCCAGUCGGCAAAGCGCGCAUGGAACCCCUCGGGAUUAUCGUUUUUGCUGCCGUCAUGGUAACCUCGUUCAUGCAGGUCAUGCUCCAAGCAUUUGAACGACUGGUCGAGGGUUCUGAUGAACCACCCGUCGAUCUGGGGCUUGUGAUCCUGUUACUUCUGGCGCUCAACAUUGUGAUCAAGUUUUUGCUGUGGUUGUGGUGCAGAACGAUGAAGGAUAGUCCGAGUGUGCUGGCGUUGGCGCAGGAUCAUUUGAAUGAUGUUGUGUUUAACAUCUUUUCGACGUUCUUCCCUGUCGCGGGCAAGUUCUUGGGAUGGUGGUGGUUGGAUGCUGCGGGUGCUAUGGUUCUGUCGAUUUAUAUCAUCUCCGAAUGGACCGGUACCUGCCUCCACAAUAUCAGGAGACUGACAGGACAGGCAGCAUCACCUGCCGAAUUCCAACAACUGACAUACAUGGCCUACCGGUUCUCAAACAUGAUCCAAGCCAUCGACACCGUCCGGGCCUACUACGCCGGUGACGGGCUCUUUGUCGAGAUUGAUAUCGUCCUCCCACCGGAUACUCCACUGUCGCAGGCCCAUGAUCUGGGCGAGUCUUUGCAAGGCGCGUUGGAGAGGCUGGAUAAUGUUGAGAGGGCGUUUGUCCAUAUUGAUUAUGAUGCUGUUCAUGCUAUUGAGCAUAGGUAG